CUUCCCAGCUGGAGGGGGUCUCCUUUUUAAAGCAGUGAUUAGAUUUCUGAUCAGACCAGUGAUAUUGCAUACUUUGGCAGCUUUGGAAAAGACCCCUACUUUAAUCUGGAUUUCUCUUCCAAUGUAGGGCAGAGCAAGCAGCCAAGCGCUGAUCAGCUCUUCUGCACCUGUGUUUUCUGUGGAUUCAUUCAUCUGCUCCUGAAAUGGAGUAUGCCUGGUAUUGGCUCGAUGAUUCUAAGGAGUGGAUUGAGUAUGGGAAAAAGCAUCCAGAUCACUGCGCUGCCAGCAUAACAUCUGAAUUUCUGGAGAGUGAAUACCAAGCUGAUGAGAAAGCUGUAAUUGUUUUUUCGGCAGGUUCUCAGCAGUAUAAGAUAGACUUUGCAGACAUGGUCCAAACAAAUUUGGUCUUUGAAACACGAAGAAAUGUUAUUCGACUGCCAAAAUAUCUGUUACCUGAAGGUGGACAAGACAAAAGCCAAAACACGACUCUAUCUCUUUCUACCUAUCCUCCAGAAUGGGACCAGUCUGCACUACCUGACACUGGGUUCAAGUUGAUUCGGCUCAGCUGUGAUUCCCAGGAACAUGAAAAAAUCAAGAGGCUGUUUGAAAAGACAAUGAAAGAUUACCACAUCAAUCAAAUUCAGAGGAUCCAGAAUCCAACGCUUUGGGAGUUUUUUCAGUUGUUUGUAUUUAUUUAUUUUUAUUUCCCUUAUGGUGUCAGAAGACUGACAUUUCCUGAUCUAUUGUCCUCCAUAGCCUACCUUAGGAGUUGCCAAAUCCAGCAGCCCGGCAGAGGUGAGGCUGCCAUGUACCUGUGUGCCCAGGUCUGGCUCGAAGCGAGGUUCAGCUCAUGCUCGCAGUAG